AUGAAUUGUGACGAGUUUGGCGACGGUCUAGAAAAUGACUGUAUCAUUAAUCGCGAAAAAGAUCCUGUAAACUCGAAAGUGUUUGGUGUUAAUAGAAGAUCAAAUUUUUCAAGAAAAGAGAAAGGCAAUGAUGCUAGAUUAAAUGGAAAACAUUCAAAUAAUCAAAAGAGAAAUAACAAUGACAAAAAAAGUGGAUAUGUGUCUUCAAUGUUUAGAAAUAACCCAGAAGUACAAUUACCUGUAGCCAUACUUAAUAAGCAAGUUGACAUUCAAGCUAUUAAUAAAAAUAAGAAUUCAUUGUUUUCCACCUCAACGUAUAAAGAUUUAACUGAUCUGCAUCCACAUAUGAUUGCAAAUUUAGAACAAACGUUAGGAGUGACAAAAUUGACAACAGUUCAAAGUCAAACAAUUCCAAUCUUACAAUCUGGUAAAGAUGCAAUGGUCCAAUCUGAGACAGGUAGUGGUAAAACAUUUGCGUACGCUGUUCCGCUUAUUGAGUCGUUACAUAAGAUUCGACCAAAAUUAUCUCGAACUGAUGGCCUUAGGGCACUAAUCAUUUUACCAACUAGAGAAUUAGCAUUACAGACCUAUGAAAAUUUUGUCAAGUUAUUAAAGCCUUACACAUGGCUUGUACCUGGUAUGUUUACGGGUGGUGAAAAAAGAAAAUCUGAAAAGGCACGUAUGAGAAAAGGCAUCACAAUACUUAUUGGAACACCGGGACGAUUAUUAGACCACGCACAGAAUACCAAGUCAAUAUCUUUUAAAUCACUUCAGUGGUUGAUAAUAGAUGAAGCAGAUAGAAUGCUUGAUCUUGGAUAUGAAAAAGAUAUCACAAGUAUUUUAUCUAUUAUUAAUGAACAUCGUGAUGAGUCUAUACCUCGACAAACAGCUUUAUUAUCAGCAACUUUGUCUGAAGGAGUCCAACGGCUUGCAGGAUUGUCUUUGAAAGAUCCUGUUUAUAUUGAUGCAUCUUCAAUAGGGGAUACAGAUUCAGAAUGUUUAGCAAUACCAGAUAGUCUUUUACAAUAUUAUGUUUUAGCUCCUCCUAAAUUAAGACUAGUUACACUUUCUGGUGUUUUGUUACAAAAAUUACAAAAAGGCCAAAUUUCAAGUAAAACAUUAGUUUUUAUGGCCACUCAAGAUAUGGUUGACUUUUAUACAGAAUUAUUAACCACUGUUUUAACUUGCUUAACCAUGUUCAAACUACAUGGUAAUAUGACUCAAGUAGAACGUAUGGAAGUUUUUAAAUCAUUUAAAGCUGCUGAUCAUGGAGUUUUAUUUUGCACUGAUGUGGCAUCAAGAGGUUUAGAUUUACCUUUAGUAGAUCGUAUAAUACAGUAUAAUGCUCCAAUAACACCCACAGAUUAUGUUCACAGAGUUGGUCGAACUGCAAGAGUUGGUCAGAAGGGGGAAGCGACAUUAUUUUUGACACCACAUGAAGCUAUGUUUAUAGCUAAACUUCAAGAUCAUUCUAUUAUAGCCUCUGAAUUAAAAAUGGAUAAAUGUUUGACAUCAAUUCUCACAAUGGAAUUUGAAGGUGAAAAUGUUAAAACAGUUGAAAUGGCAGCUAAUAUAUUGCAAUCUCGCUUUGAAACAGCAGUACUCGAACAAGAUCGUCUUCAUGAAUUGGGGUGUAAUGCUUUCAAGUCAUGGGUUAGAUCUUAUGCAAGUUAUCCAAAAAGUAGUCGAGAAGUUUUUAAUUUCAAAGAUUGCCAUCUUGGUCAUUACGCUAAAAGCUUUGCUAUACGAGAUGCACCAAGAAUAAUUGGAGGAAUUGGUAAACCAAAGAAAGAUCCUAGAAUGAAAAAUCAAAGAAAAAUUCCCAAGACCGACAGUGGAGCCCUGUUUAAGAAACGAAAAUCGGAUAAGGUUAUAUCGACUUCGGAGUUCGACAGUGGAAUGAAGGCGAAGAAAAGGAAGAUGAAUUAAAAUCUGACGUGGGGUGCAUUCAUUUGUGUUUAUGUAAUCGAAAACUGUUGCAUACAUAAUAAAGACAGAUUUUUUUUUCAAAAAAUAAAUUAUAAUUUAUUAUUUUUA